GCGCGUGCCUUCCAGCACCCAACCGCCACUCCAGCCUCUCUCGCCAUGCCUGCAGACAUUACGGUGUGGGCUGGGCCGCUGAGCCUACAGGACGUAGACGAGCAGCCCCAGCACCUACUGCGGGUCACCUACGCCGGGGCGGAGGUGAGUGAGCUGGGCCAAGUGCUGACGCCCACCCAGGUUAAGAACAGACCCAGCAGCAUUACAUGGGAUGGCCUUGACCCGGGGAAACUCUACACCUUGAUCCUCACAGACCCAGAUGCUCCCAGUAGGAAAGAACCCAUUUACAGGGAAUGGCACCAUUUUCUGGUGGUCAACAUGAAAGGCAACGACAUCAGCAGCGGCAAGGUCCUCUCGGAUUACGUGGGUUCCGGGCCUCCCAAGGGCACUGGCCUCCAUCGCUAUGUCUGGCUGGUGUACCAGCAGGACAAGCCACUGAAGUGUGACGAACCCAUCCUCACCAACCGGUCUGGGAACCAACGUGGGAAAUUCAAAGCUGCAGCCUUCCGCAAGAAGUAUCAUCUGGGAGCCCCGGUGGCCGGCACGUGUUACCAGGCGGAAUGGGACAGCUAUGUCCCCAAGCUGUACAAACAGCUGUCUGGGAAAUAGGGGAACCAUUUGAUGGUCAUGGCUGCCCCUGCCAUACCAUUUAUCAGGUUCAGCAGUGCGUGGCGUGCCUUUCCGUUUCCCGUUCUCACCUGCGUAAGGGAGUCUUGAGCUGCUGUAGGGCGGUAGUUUAGGAUGACGUUUUCUCGCCGCUGGCGCUAAAGAUUCCAAAUAGUUGCAUCCAGUUUGUUUUGGUCGAAUUUAAGCUCCAUCUGAUGGAGAUUUGGCACUGUGCCGGGCUCAUCAUAUUGUUAAUAAAAGAACAGUAACUCUAAAAGUAAAGAUGGCAAAAUCCAAGUCAAAAGACCAGGCCUACAGAAGAAAAGCAAGUGUCACCCGUUAAGAAGACAGAUGUGAUGGCUCUCUCUCUGUUCUGAAUCGGGAGCUGUACACAGUGGCUCCGUGCUCUCAGAUAUGGUUUUAGGUCCUGUCUCCCACCAACACAACCAGAGACUUUGUAUCUAGGGAACUCUAGACAUACAGCUGGGCAAGUAUCUGUGUCUUGUGACCCCAUUAAAGAGCAGACCUCCAUGAAAAGGCAAUCAGGAAGACGCCUCUGCUAUGCGCUGGCUUGGCCAUGGAGCCCAGCUGCAGCCCUGAACAAGAACAGCCAAUCUGGGAGUUGCUUAUGUUAAUCCUGUUUGCUUAUUGUCAAAUAAAACUUUAAAAGCAAAGAUAACAAU